AUGCCCUUCACCCGAUAUGACUCGGCCGCAGAGAGCGGGCAAGACGUAAUUCUCUUCCACUGGAGAUCGGCCUACUCGACGAUCCCAGAAAUGUUGAGCACGGCACUCCUCAUUUCCUUCGUCCCUUGCUCUCAUUUUGCAGCCCUUGCAGCCGUUCGUUUACCUGCAUGCCGGGACAUGCCUAUACAUCCUCAACCUUUCCCCUGCCACAACGACAGAGAGGCUGUUCCUUCUCUCCGUGGCAUACCCCUCGGAUCAUCAAUCACCGCCCAGGAGCGAUCCUCGGCGGGAGAUCGAAUUCACUGCCGAAUUUUUUGA